GAAAGCGGAAAAAGGGAAGGGCAUAAUUUUAACGCCUUUUCUAAUGAUAUCAACAAGUGUCUGUUCACCGCGUGGACAACUGCUUCUGGAAAUCCAAACGCCGUUUUGAGCAAGUCUGUUGAGUGUAAAGGGUAUGCAGGAAGCCAUGUACAGCUGUGCUAUGGUCUUGAACCACCUAAGGCACAGUUUGCUGCCUGCUACAACAAAGAAACACUUACUCCAGACUUCACAGGACACAUCGUAAUACCCGAUAUCGAGGGAAAAGGAAGAGAAGAUGACUGGAGGGAAGACAAAGGAAAAUUUGGUAACGAGUCUUACUUUCCACUAAUUUUUCUUUGCCAGAGCAGAAACCCAUAUUAUUAUCCACAUCAAACACCUUUGCCAGUACUUUCACAUUACUAAAUUUGUAAGUGUAUAAAUAGUCAAGUGCAGCGUUAUAGGGAAUACCGGGCUUGUACUUGGAAAUUGUCCUGUAGUACAAAAAGUCAGACAAGGAAAAACAGUAAAUUUCCUUCCAAAAAUAAGGCUAGCCCAAUCGAUUUUGAAACGCAAAUUUCCCUCCGUACAUAAGCCCGUCCGAAUUUAGCCUCUCAGAAAAUAAGCCCCCCAAAAAGGGCCUUUGAAAAAUAUAAACCUCGGGGCUUAUUUUCGGAAUUUUACGGUAGUUAUACCAUAUAUACAAAUACAGAGUGAACGGGAUUGUUUGACACAAGUCAUGCACAUGGGGUGAGCUAGAGAAGGUAGCUGAGUUUCCAUCACGGUAGACAAACAUAUACCAACCCUUUGAUAAUUCAAUUGAUUGAGCUAGGAUACUUGCCUUGUCGCCACUUUUUCCUUUUUCCUAAUGAUAAACUAAUUCCUUGUGUAUUAUUUUGCACUGCACCCACUAGCCCCAGUGCCUCAAUCGAAAGUAGAAGACUAUGAUCCUUACAGCCAAGGAGGCUUGUUCAACAACUAUGACAUCAAAAAGCAGUUUUUCUUAGCCAAAGGACAUCUGACUCCUAAUGCAGAUUUUAACACAGAUGAUGAGCGUCUUCUGACAAUGAUAACCACAAACAUUGCACCUCAGUGGCAAAAGUUUAACGGCCAGAACUGGCAAGAAAUGGAGAAAGGUGUACGAAAAUGCGCAAGUUCUAGCCGAAGAAAUCUAUACGUUUUUACUGGUGUGGGUAAGUAGCGAGCCUUCAAUGUGCCAGUGUAUUUGCCAGCAAUUUCCCGACUUACGACAAGAAUGCAUCUUUUAAAUCAAGUAGCCAUUUCUGCAGUUUUUUAAAAGCAAUACUGUUAACAUCACGUUCAGCGCUUGAUCCACUCUUCGUAGAGUAUGAUUUCAAGUAUGUUUCUUAAAUGUGUUUGCCCCAGCUGCUCCGUCAGUGCGCAUUUCAGACCACGUGCAGUGGCGUCGAUCCAAAGGAAGAGUUUGGAGGUCCCAACCCUACUUUCCAAUUGCAUUAUGACACCAGUUUUUUAAUCAGUUUUAAAUGUUUAUUGAGCUCUUCUGAAAUUGAUACCAACUAUGGAUUGUAUUCACCUGUCAUUUAGUAUAAGCCUAGCAUAGCAUUUCGACUCUAAACGGCGAAUUACCUUGCUCUUUUAUGAAUAUAGAAGAGCGAAGAAGCAGCAAACUGUGACCAAUUAACCCGAGUCCCAAUAGUGACCAACAUCAAUUUUCUCAUAACGAUAGACAUAGAUUGUCAAGAGUUUGGGUUAUGAGAAUUAAUAAAAUGAUCACCUAAGAGAAAACGCUUUGAUCUUUUGUCAAAUUCUCUCAACUCAUUCUUUAAGGAAAUGUAUAGAGAUCAGUUUGGAGAAUUUGUAUGUGGAUAUUGGGACUUAUAAAGGGUUAAAACAGUUUUACAGUUUUAAAACAUUGUUCACUAGCUUGGACCCAUUCCCCUCAGCUGCCUCGAUCCUUCCUGAGGUCCCAUAAUAUGUAACAGCUGCCGGUAUAUUCUAUCAAGACUACACCAAGGUAAUAAACAAUUAUUCCUCGAGCCGGCACUUUUCGCUACUAGUGGGCUAUAACAGUAUAGCCUAGUAGUAGCUCAACCAAUCAGAACGCAGCAUUGAUAAUAGAUCACUAGUUGGAUUUUACUAAAAGGAUUUAUCUUUAGCACACCUAAGGUUCUUUUUCCUUUUAGGAGGUAAAGCAAGAGAUUCGAGUGGUGAAGUUAUCUCUCUCAAGAGAAGAGUUUUGACCCCGAGGUGGUUUUGGAAAGCCGUUUGUGAUCCAGUAGCGAAGCAGUCGAUCGUCUUCGUGGGUGAAAACAGCGUUGGCAUCGCCAGCCAGGCUAAAGCAAAAGGAUGCAAUAUGAUUGAGCAAACAAAAGAUAAGGGCAUAAUAUAUUGCAUGAGCCACCAAGAGGCAUCUCGCAAAUUCGAAGAUUUUAAAUUGCCACCUUUUCAAGAGAAAAAUUGUAAGCCUUCAGAGAAAGGCACAUUCAUGGAUAAUUUCCUUAAUGGCCUUAAAUGA